AUGAAGAGGAAGUUUAUGAUGCUAACUAUACUAGUUUCAGGUCCACAUGAACCGGGUAAUAACAUUGACGUGUAUUUGCAACCAAUGAUUGACGAUCUGAAAAAGCUUUGGGAAGAAGGUGAACGGAAUGUAUACGAUGCGUAUACAAAGUCUUAUUUCACAUUAAGAGCUGUUUUAAUGUGGACCAUAAACGACUUUCCAGCGUAUGGGAAUUUAUCGGGCUGUGUGAAUAAAGGUUAUAUGGCGUGUCCAAUUUGUGGAGAUGACACAGUAGCUAAACAUUUAAAAUAUAGCAGAAAACUGUGUUACCAAGGACAUCGAAAAUAUUUGGCACCGCAUCAUCCCUAUAGGAGGAGUAAGGCAGCUUUUAAUGGAGAACAAGACUUUGGAUGCGCACGUCAAACCCAAUCUGGUGAAGAAGUGCUAAGGCUGCAGGAGCAGAUUGAAUUUACAUUUGGGAAGGAGGUGAAAAAAGCAAAAAAAGUGGAUUGUCUAUGGAAGAAGAAGUCAAUUUUCUUCGAGUUGGAGUAUUGGAAAUUUCAUCACGUACGUCAUUGUCUCGAUGUUAUGCACAUUGAAAAAAAUGUGUGUGAUAAUUUAAUCGGGACAUUGUUGAAUCUUCCAUUCAAGAGUAAAGAUAGCGUGGACUCUCGUCGUGAUAUGAUUGAAAUGGGUGUGAGGCCUGACCUGGCUCCAGAAGUAGGAGAAAAGCGAACCUACCUCCCCCCUGCCCCUUAUACUUUGUCAAGAGCAGAAAAAAGAACGAUGUUAGGGUCAUUAUCGCAUAUGAAACUUCCUUAUGGCCAUUCAUCGAACAUAAAAAAUUGUGUUUCCAUGUCUGAUUUAAAGAUUUAUGGGUUGAAAUCCCAUUAUUGUCACACCCUUCUCCAGCAGCUUCUCCCGAUUUCAAUUCGUUCGAUUCUUCCAAAAAAUGUUCGGGUCAGCAUAAUCAGACUUUGUUUCUUCUUCAAUAGUUUAUGUAAUAAAGUUGUUGAUAUAUCCAAACUCGAUAAGCUGCAGUCAGAUUUGGUGUUGACUUUGUGUGAGUUAGAAAAAAUCUUCCUGCCUUCGUUUUUUGAUGUAAUGAUACACUUAACGGUCCACUUGGUUAGAGAACUACGCUUAUGUGGACCUGUAUUCUAUAGAUGGAUGUUCCCGUUUGAAAGGUUCAACAAAGUGUUGAAGAUUUAUGUUCGGAACCGUUACUAUCCAGAGGGGUGUAUAGCAGAAAGCUACCUAGGAGAAGAGUCGGUUGAGUUUUGCUCAGAAUUUGUUAGGCAAAGCUUCAUGACUGCUGGUCUUCCAAAGGACAAGGGCAAACUUUCUGGGCCAUUAUCGGGUGUAAUGGUAAAGUCUGUGGAUCAGAAAGAAAGAGACGAGGCACAUUUACAUGUCCUGCUGAACAACUCUGAAGUGUAUCCUUAUAUCAUGAAGCAUAAGGAGUUACUAGAACAGCAAUACCAAGGCAAAAAAAAGAGUGUUCAAUGGCUAAUUGGAGAGCAAAACCGUUUAUUUGCUAAUUGGUUUCAGAAAAGGGUUAGUACUGAAAUGGUAGAGAAUCCUGAAAAUAUUUCUGAAACGAUUGGAUGGUUGGCAGGCAAACCAUCGUUUUCGGUUUUAAGCUAUGAUGGUUAUUUGAUUGAUGGGGUACGAUACUUCACAAAGGACCGUGAUGAUGCAAGAGUUGUUCAGAAUAGCGGGGUUUCUUUAGUUGCCAGUACAGUACAAGUGUCCAGUGCUAAGGACAUGAAUCCCGUGGAGUGUGAUAUGACAUUCUACGGGAUAAUCGAAGAGAUUUGGGAAUUAGAUUACUAUGCUUUUAAAGCUCCACUUUUCUUAUGUAAAUGGGCAGACAGUGAGAGAGGUAUCAAAGUUGAUGAUUUAGGCUUCACUCUUGUAGAUUUCAGUCGGCUUGGUCACAAGAACGACAAGUAUGUGUCUGUUGACCACGUGAAACAAGUCUUCUAUAUUGAAGACCCUGUCGAUGCUAGGUGGUCUGUUGCAUUGAACUCUACAAAGGCAGACUAUCAAGAGUUGUACAAUGAUGAUGAUUUGGGAGACAGGACUCUUGAAAAUCCUCCAUUCUGCAUAGAUAUUCCUAUGUGUGAUCAUGACGAAGAACCUGCCGAGCCUAGUGUUAGCAAUAAAAGGCAAAAUGUUGAGGGGAUUUGCUAG